AUGGUAUACAAAAAGAUAAAAGGGCGAAAACCUCCAAAGAAAAAGGCCAAGAAGCCCUGCCGUCAUGAGUUACAAUCACAGAGACCAUCAUCUACACCAGAAGCCACACUUAUAAAUGAGGAGGACAGAAAGCCCGAUGUUACGCCAAAACCAGAAGAACCCGCUGAAGUGCUCCAGGAGAAUCGGGACCCUUGCCUGCAGUGCAAAAAGGAGAAGCACGACAAAAGAGUCUAUAGAUGGAAACUGAUAGGCGGCCUGCUACUCCCGUAUUUUCUAGCAUCCGUGGAUUUAACCAUAGUGGCUGCAGCUUUACCAUUCAUCGCGUCCCAUUUCAACAAAUUGGACGAAUUGAAUUGGAUUGUCACUUCAUUUACACUGACAUCGACCGCGUUCAUUCCCGCCUUCGGCCAGCUAGCUGACGUCUUUGGACGCCAUGUGGUUCUUCAAAUGGCCAUGUUCUUCAUGCUGAUUGGAAGCGUACUAUGCGCUGCCGCGCAGACAUGGCCGAUGCUUCUGCUUGGUCGCGCCUUACAAGGCACGAGCUCGGCAGGAAUAAUGAAUUUGAUCCAGAUUAUCUUGUCUGAUAAGGUCAGCUUGGCGGAUAAUGCGAAGAACACUACUAUAUUUCAGUUUGUUGCCGGUGUGUCGUAUAGUGUUGGUCCGGUUAUUGGGGGAUACUUAACUCAAGCCAAUUGGCGUUAUUGCUUCGUUCUGAGUAUACCAGUUGCUUUUUUUGCCCAUAUCCUUAUCUUUUUCCUGUUACGCAAAGAACUUGUGAAUGGCACGCAUUUUACCAAGAACUCGCGACGGUCAUUAUUCAUGGACGGUCUCAGCACCGUUGACGUCGGCGGUACUUUUCUAUUCGUAACGAGCGUUUGCCUGAUUAUUAUUGGUACCUCAUGGGGAGGAGCAACUUAUCCCUGGUCUUCGGCGGCUGUCCUAGCUCCGCUUAUUAUUGGAGCUAUUCUCUUUGUCAUAUUUUUUCUCUAUGAAUGGCUCCUCUCGCCUGGACGUUUCCUCUCCAGAUGCUUUCCAAUGCAGACCGCAAUGAUCCCAUCCGAGCUUUUCCAUAAGCGGGAUACGGCCGUUUUAGCAAUCAUUGAAUUCGCUACCGGUGCAGCGAUGUUUUCGGCUUUCUACUUUGUCGGUAUUUAUUUUACUCUUGUUGAAGCUUACGAGCCGGGAAAAUCUGGCUUGCAAUUGCUCUACUACGUCCCCGGAAUAGGAGCUGGUGUCUACUUUGCUAUGUUUACGUGCAAUGUAUGGCCUGCUCAAACAUUUUACCCGCUCAGUAUAGGAACUAUCAUCGAAAGUGUUGGAAUUGGCCUUAUUACUUGGGCUAUCACAACUAGACAAGUUCCACUCGUUAACGGAAUGAUGGCACUUGCGGGUGCUGGAACUGGAAUGCGUUUCAUGCCAGCUACCCUUCAUGCUGCAGGUAUCUGGCCUGACAAAAUCGCACCGGCGAUGUCUGUAAUGCGAUUUUCUUUACCGUUUGGGGGUACACUUGCUCUGGCUAUUAUGGGAAGCGUGUUUAACAACAAGAUGGCUCCAGUCUUCCGUGCCACGAACUCGGACCGAAUCGAUCCACACGCAACACAGAGCUUGAAUGCAAUCAAUCGUCUUCCAGAGGCUGUUCAGGCUUUUGUUCGCAACACAGGUAAAGAUGCGGUGAAAUGGGCUUUUAUUUCUAUCACCCCGAUAAUGGCUAUCAGUCUUGUUGCGGUCUUUUUCCUUGGUAACGUUUGGAUGAAAUCUCCCAAGGCAAAAGAAGCGAGUGAAAGAGCGAAGACUCAAGGCACUCACGAAGAGGGAAUAGUUAGCAGUGAGGUCAUUGAUAAGCCUUUCGCUUGGGCGGUGAUUACUGGAACUGUUGACGCGAACAAGUACAUUAGUACUCCGCUGUCAAAGGCAGAUAAAGAGAGGCAAGCUCAGGCGUUGAUCGAGGAGAAAACAAUCUUGCGUAGUAGAAAGGAUAAAAGCGCACAGAUGGGUGGUGAUGUUGAACAGGGCAUUUGA